AGAGUCUCUUCCCUUCAGUUUUCAUUUCUUCUUCUAUUUUGACCUAAUCGGCUGUGCAUGUGGCUGCUCAAAUCUUCAAUCCAGAGCUGCACCUUUGCUGCGGCUGUGCUUGUGGCUGCUGCGGCUGUGCCUGUGGCUGCUGCGACAGCAUCUGUGCCGCUUCUUCAUCGAUCUCACGAUCUCCCGCCCAGGCCUAGGCACACACAACACAAACCCGAUUAAGAGCCGCCACAACCACCUCCAUUGCCGAAGGGUUUAUAUGGCAGUAUGGAGCUUAUAAUUGUAUACAUUCAGGGAAAAACAAGGAAGUACUUGCGAUAUGUGAGAGCAGCAGGUCCCCUCACAGCUGUUCUUUCGGGCACAACUUUUGUAAAAAUAUUUAAUCCAUCUUCCAUAUCUUUGGUAGGAGAUAUACCUCAGGGCCUACCAAGCUUUUCUAUUCCUAGAGCUUUUGGAUAUGCUACAUCUUUGAUCCCCACCGCACUUCUCAUUACUGGUGUAGCUAUUUUGGAAUCUGUGGGCAUUGCAAAAGCAUUAGCAGCAAAGAAUGGGUAUGAGCUGGACUCAAAUCAAGAGUUGUUCGGUCUUGGUGUGGCCAAUAUUUUUGGUUCAUUUUUUUCAGCAUAUCCAACAACAGGUUCUUUUUCUAGGUCAGCUGUGAAUCAUGAAAGUGGAGCUAAAUCUGGCUUAUCUGGACUUGUUAUGGGAGUCUUGAUGGGCUGCGCUCUCCUAUUUAUGACACCACUGUUUGAAUAUAUACCGCAGGUCUCAAAUUGUCUCCUAGGAUGGUUGAGGCUUUGAUUUGCUCUCAAAAUUGGAUAAGGUCCGAAGAUAUAUCUUCAUUGCAAUAUGUGCCAAGCAUUGAAGAGAUGGAGUUCUAUGAAUCAAUUGAAAUGGAAAUAGGGAGUAAAACAUCCACUACAAAUUUGAAUAAGACUCUCCCUUCUUAGUGUGAUGAAGAUAUGUUGGAAGAUAUUUUUCUUGCAUCCUAUUUUAAUUAUGAUUUGUUGAUGGUGAAACUUUGU